AUGGUAGCCCUGGCCGCGCUCGCGCUGGCCGGGGGAUUCGGGGUCGAGCUGGGACGCUGGGCGGGGUCGAGCUGGCUGCUGAACGCGGCGUGCUGCGAGCGCUCCCGCGUGUCCUGGCCAGCGAUCCCCGCCUUUGAGCGCCCGGCGAUCCCAGCGUGCCCUGGAGCGCCGGCCCCAGCGCCGCCCUGGGCAGUGCCGAACCUGGAGACGGGCUUGUGGAGCCCAGGCGUGGUCGCAGGAGUUGGGCUGGCGUGUUUCCUGGCGGGGGUGCUGCUCGUGGCCGUCCUGGUGCUCCCGGCCCUGGCGCUGCCGGCGGCCCCGGGGACGUUCGCGUACGUGGUCUACUCGGGGCCCCCCAACCUCUGGCACCAACGUCGGCUGCUGGGCCAUGUCGCGGGGUCGUCGGGGACCUUUGAGUUCCUGAUCGCGACGCCCGACUCGGACGUCUGCCUCGAGGACUACGGCCAGCGGACGGACGACAUCGCGGCCGUCCGCUUCUCGAACGCCUUCUGGCCGCCGCCCCCUGGUGUGCCGCGGGCCAACGUGUGCCGCUUCGCCGCGGAGUCUGCUGGCGCGGUGCUGGCGGGGUUGGUGGCGGAGGCGACGGCGGAGGCCCGACGGCUCUUCUACGUGAGGGAGCGGGCGGCUGGACGGCCGGCGGUGAACCCCGCGGGCGGCGUGCUGGAGCCAGUGGGGGCGGGCACCCCAGGAGGCCCGGGGGACGUGCCGCCCGCGGGCCCUGGCGGCGCCUCCCUGGUGCAUGGCCCGGCGGCGCCUGGCUUCCCCCCCCGCGCCCGCGGCACCGGCGGAGGCCGGACCGCCGUGCCCGACGACGCGGGCCCCGGCGUGCCAGCGGGCGGGGCCGCGCCGCUCGGGUUCCGCUGGCUGUCGGCCGAGGACUCGGGCGACGGGUCCCACAGGUUCGGCGACGAGGUGGCGGUGGGCUCAGCAGGGCUGGCCAGCGGGGGCUUCCUGUCGGUCGUGCUGCUGAGCCCCGCGGAGGAGCCAGUGUUCCGGCAGGAGUACCGAGGCGUGGAUGCGCGGGUGCUGCCAGUCCAGACGACGGGCGUCGGCCGCAGUCGCGACUGGCGCUCGCUGGUUUCCGACUGUCGGGAGGAGAGCCUGCCCGAUUUCCUCGUCGACGGCCCGCGCGCCGUGAAGUGGUGUGUGGAGUGCCAGAUGCGGGGCGGGGGAGCGGUCCUCCACCACGAGAACUGGCGCGGUCGGAAGCGGCUCCAGCCUACCGGCUACGCCGUCGACCUCCACGAGACGUUGUCGCGGGUGGUGGACGCGCUGGGCACGCACGACCAGGUCGACCUGUUCAACCUGGCGGUGGUCGAGCGGGCGUACCGCAAGAUGCAGUUGGUGGAGCGCUACCAUUACGAGAGGGCGGCCGAGGCCGCGCAAGGGAACUUGCGCGUGCCCGCCGAGGAGGCGCUGGCCUUCAUGGGCCACGGCCGCAGCGCCUCCAUGGUCUGCCCGGCCGUCCUCGACACCGUCAGCAGGGAGAUCGAGCGGGUGGCCACCGUCCGCAAGAACGCACGGAAGCUGAGAGAGGAGGUCACCAGCCGCCCGAAGGGUGGCAAGCCCGAGAAGCAGGGGUCGCCGGGCCGGCAGAGAGGGCAGGGCGAGCCUGCCGACGCCGGCUGGGGGCGACACCAGCACGGGCUCAUGCGCGAGCUGGUGACGGCGCUGAACCAGCUGGGUGCAGGGGCCGACUCGCCCCGAGUGCCCGCGGGCGGGAAGCCGACGGUCGUGCCGCAGCUGGCCCUUGAACGUUUUGCACGCGCCUGUGCGGCCAUGUGGUCGACGGGCGAUCUCACGCCUCAGGCGGCCCCCCGGGAGCUCCGAGGUUCGGGCGGCUACGAUGACGGCGAGCCCGUCAGCCUUGCCCCGCUGAGCGUGGACCUGCUCGGCCUGCCAGCCGCCGGCGCGCAGUCGCGCCCGCUGGCGAGUCUGCUGGGCCGAGGCGGGCAGCAGAGACUCAGCAAGUUUUUCGAGCCCAAGGUCUUGCCUAAGCACGAGGCCGAGGCUCGGCGAGUGGAGGGCGGCUUCGAACGAGCCUAUCUGGACCCCCUCCUACGACGGCCGAGCACGUACGCGGAGUUCUUGUCGCGGCUCAGCUCGGCCAACAUGAUCGAUUUCAUUGAUGAUCAGGAGGAGGGGGUGGAGGUGGGCGUCUUCGCAGUUGAAAAGAAGAGCGGGCGCCAGCGUUUGAUCAUAGACGCCCGUGCAAGAGCCAGAUGGCGUGUCGCUCGCCACUGGGGCAGCCCUCAGCGGCGUCGAGCUGCCGGACGGCGCCGACCUCUUCGUCGCAUCUAUCGACAUCCAGAUGCGUUCUACCAGAUGGGCCUGCCUCCAGAGCUGCGGAAGUACUUCCACCUCCCUCGAGCGCAGCGGCAGUGGCUGCGGGGAGUCGGGCUGGACGUGCCGGGCAGUGGUGCCUGGGUUCGGCCUCGCAUGGCGGUCCUGCCGAUGGGCUGGGCCCACGCGCUGGCCCUGUGCCAGCAGGUCCACGAGAUUGCGCUGGAGGAAGUGGGGGGGCUCAACCCGGAGCUGCGGGUCUCCGACGGCCACGUGCCACGGCCGCUGGGCGAGGGGCUGCGCGCCGCUUACGUUGACAACUUUUUGGGGUUCGGCGACUCCGCGGGCCUGGCCAACGCCCAGCUGAGAGCCGCGCAGCAGGGACUGGCCGCCCGAGGCUUGCGGCUGCGCGAGCCCGAGUUCGCAGCGACCGACGCCGAGCUGCUCGGGUGGCGUUUCGACGGCCGCGGUGGCAUGCUGCGGCCGAAGAUGACGAGACUCUGGCGCCUGAGGCUGGGCGCGCAGGAGCUCAUCCGAGUCGGCGUGGCCACUGGGCGCCAGGUGGAGCGCAUGGUGGGCCAUUUCACGUUUGCCGGCCCUGCGCGUGGGCCAGUGCUGUCGGUGCUCUACUGCUGCGAUGCCUCGGAGGAGGGCCGAGGGGUGGUCGAGAGGGACUUCGACUCGGAGAAGGUGGCGGAGGUGCUCGAGGAGGUCGACGGGGUGAAGGGCGGGUCCGAGCGAGUCGAGGACGUGCCGAUCGACAUGCUGAGGGGGGAGUGGAGAGUAGUCUCGAGCGGGGGCUGGGAGCGGAGCGAGAGCAUCGCCGCCCUCGAGGGCCGUUCGCUCGUGCGUGCCUUCCGACGCGCCCUUCGAGAUUCGCGUGCCGUGGGACGAAGUAUCUUCUUUUUGACCGACAGUAUGACGGCCACUCUGGCUCUCGGCAAGGGGCGGUCCUCAGCGCCCGGCCUGAUGCGGGUGGCGCGCCAGUUUGCCGCGAGGUGCCUGGCGGGAGGCGUGGUGGCCAGUGUCAGGUGGCUCCCCUCGGAGCGGAACCGCGCCGAUGCUCCGCCGCGCCAGCGGAUGCCCAUCGGGGUGCGGCUCCACUUCGACGGGCAGGAGCACCGACGCCCCGACGGUCAGCCUGCGGCUUGGCCGAUCCGCGGGGGCGGGGGUGCUGACCGGGCCGCCGACAGCAGUAUGGCCGCCCGCGAGCUCGAGGAACUCGCCGCCUGGGAGGAGCCAUCCGCCCGCUGGGCCGGCUUCCG